GGGCUCGGGCUGCCGGCGCGGGACCGGGGCCCCCGCCGCCGAGCUGGCGUGGGGCAGAGCCGGGCUGGUGUCGGACAGAGCCGGGCUGGCGUGGGGCAGAACCGGGUUGUGUCGGACAGAGCCGCGCCGCAGCCAGCAGAGCCCUGCGGCAGGUGGGGCAGCGCGGCUGGCGGAGGGAGGGCGUCCGGCCGCCGGCAGUUUAAUCUGAAGACUUUGAAAAUACAAUACACAUGGCACAGAUCAGAACAUUUUUUCAGAUGCUUUUAAGUCUAUUACUUCAUGAUUACAUCUCAGCUGAAGAUGGGGAAACAAGAGCAAGUUGCAGAACUGCUCCGGCAGAUUUAGUUUUUAUCUUAGACGGCUCUUACAGUGUUGGCCCAGAAAACUUUGAAAUCAUCAAAAGCUGGCUUGUCAAUAUUACAAGAAAUUUUGACAUAGGGCCAAAGUUUAUUCAAGUUGGAGUUGUCCAGUACAGUGAUUACCCUGUACUUGAAAUUCCCCUUGGAACUCAUGAGUCCACUGAGAACCUCAUCAGGGAAAUGGAAUCCAUACACUACUUGGGAGGAAAUACAAGAACAGGAAGAGCUAUUCAGUUUGCCUAUGACCAUCUUUUUGCAAAAUCUUCAAGAUUUUUAACAAAAAUAGCAGUUGUUCUCACUGAUGGAAAGUCCCAAGAUGAAGUCAAAGAUGUAGCAGCAGAAGCAAGGAAAAAUAAAAUCACUUUGUUUGCUAUUGGUGUUGGCUCAGAAAUUGAGGAGGAUGAACUUAAAGCCAUUGCCAAUAAGCCUUCAUCAACUUACGUAUUUUAUGUUGAAGAUUAUAUUGCAAUAUCAAGAAUUAAAGAAGUUAUAAAGCAGAAACUCUGUGAAGAAUCUGUUUGUCCAACAAGAAUUCCAGUGGCAGCUCGAGAUGAAAAAGGAUUUGACAUUCUUGUAGGAUUAGGUGUGAAGAAAAAGGUUAAAAAGAGAAUUCAAAUACCAACUACUAAUGCAAAAGCUUAUGAAGUCACUUCACGUGUUGACCUGUCAGAACUGACGAGGAAUGUGUUUCCAGAAGGUCUGCCUCCAUCCUAUGUGUUUGUUUCCACUCAAAGAUUUAAAGUAAAGAAGACGUGGGAUUUGUGGAGAAUUCUAAGUCUGGAUAAGAGACCACAAAUAGCAGUCACUAUUAAUGGGGAAGAGAAAACAUUAUCAUUCACUACAACAAGUUUAAUGAAUGGCACACAAGUUAUUACUUUUUCUGCACCUCGUGUAAAGACAUUAUUUGAUGAAGAAUGGCAUCAAAUCCGUCUCCUAGUAACAGAGGACUUUGUAACAUUGUAUAUAGAUGAUCAAGCAAUUGAAACCAAGCCAUUACACCCUGUUUUAGGUAUUUACAUCAGUGGCCUAACGCAAAUAGGAAAGUAUUCUGGAAAGGAGGAAACUGUACAGUUUGAUAUACAAAAACUGAGAAUCUACUGUGACCCAGAGCAAAAUAAUCGAGAAACAGUCUGUGAGAUCCCGGGAUUUAAUGGAGAGUGCAUGAACGGCCCUAGUGAUGUAGGCUCAACGCCUGCCCCCUGCAUAUGCCCACCAGGAAAACAAGGACCUCCAGGCCCCAAAGGUGACCCUGGGCAGCCCGGGAAUCAUGGUUAUCCUGGUCAGCCUGGUCCAGAUGGUAAGCCUGGAUACCAGGGAUCAGCAGGAACUCCAGGUAUCCCAGGAACUCCAGGGGUUCAAGGACCACGUGGCUUACCAGGUAUCAAGGGAGAGCCAGGAAAGGAUGGGGCCAAGGGUGACCGAGGACUACCUGGUUUUCCUGGAUUACAUGGGAUGCCAGCACCAAAGGGAGAAAGGGGUCCUAAAGGAGAUCAAGGAGUACCAGGAAUAUAUGGAAAAAAGGGUUCAAAAGGAGAGAAAGGUGAUACAGGGUUUCCAGGAAUGCCGGGGCGAUCCGGAGACCCUGGCAGAAGUGGGAAAGAUGGAUUACCAGGAAGUCCUGGUUUCAAGGGAGAAGUUGGACAGCCUGGACCUCCAGGCCUAGAAGGGCAUCGGGGAGAGCCUGGAAUUCCUGGAAUCCCUGGGAAUCAAGGAGCAAAAGGACAGAAGGGUGAAAUUGGACCACCGGGUCAACCAGGAGCAAAAGGGUCAACAGGGGAUACUGGUUUGAUGGGACCAGAAGGCUCAUUUGGUCUACCUGGAGCUCCUGGGCCUAAGGGUGAUAAAGGCGAACCUGGAAUACAGGGAAAACCAGGAUCAUCAGGAGCCAAGGGAGAUCUAGGAGUACCAGGUGCCCCAGGUGAACCAGGUUACCCAGGCAUUCCUGGUACCCAGGGUAUAAAGGGGGACAAAGGAAACCAAGGUGAAAGUGGUAUCCAGGGACUGAAAGGAGAAAAAGGAAGACAAGGAAAUCCAGGCUUACAGGGAGUAGAAGGACCAAGUGGAGAACAAGGAGAGAAAGGUGAGAAAGGAGAUCCAGGCAUUCGAGGCAUCAAUGGGCAAAAAGGAGAAUCUGGUAUCCAGGGUUUGGUUGGACCUCCUGGUCUCAGAGGUCAGCCAGGAGAUAGAGGACCCCCAGGACCACCUGGAUCAGAUGGAAAACCUGCACGAGAAUUUUCGGAAGAAUUUAUUCGACAAGUGUGCUCAGAUGUACUGAGAACCCAGUUGCCUGCCAUCCUCCAGAGUGGAAGGCUACAAAGCUGUAACCACUGUCAAUCCCAAAGCGCUUCUCCGGGACUUCCAGGACCACCAGGUCCAAGAGGCCCUGAAGGCCCCAGAGGGUUUCCUGGACUGCCAGGCAACGAUGGUGUUCCAGGGCUGACAGGCAUCCCCGGCCGCCCUGGGGCUCGUGGGACAAGAGGACUGCCAGGGAAAAAUGGCGCAAAAGGCAACCAAGGAAUUGGGGUUCCCGGGAUCCAAGGCCCACCAGGACCUCCAGGUCCUGAGGGUCCUCCAGGUAUGAGUACAGAAGGACGUCCUGGAGAGCGUGGGCCACCUGGUAAAGAUGGUGAUCGUGGCAGUCCGGGAAUGCCAGGACCGGUUGGACCCCCUGGAAUUUGUGACCCAUCACUAUGUUUUAGUGUAAUUGUGGGGAGAGACCCAUUUAGAAAGGGACCAAAUUAUUGAUUUGUGAUACAAUGAUUUAGAGGAAUAGGUAUGGUGCUUGUCUUUUAUGGUCUUUCAAGUCUCAGGAAGGUGACCAGCAAUAAUCCCAUAAGCAAGAACAAAAGUACCUCUGAUAUAAUAAACAUGAUAAAUAAUGAUCCCAAAGGUUAUACAUUCCUUUAGAAAAGAAACUCUGAUAUUUUUUUAUAACUUGUAUUGAUUGAAUCUCAAGUGUAUUUAAACAAUCACAGGAAUAAAAUUAACUAUAAUAUUUGCUAUUUAGUAUUUAAGUUUCCUGUCAUACUCCUGAAGUCCUUUGCAAAAUUGCUGGGCAAGCCACUGGGGGCAGGAUUAGGCCUUUAAUGGUAUUGGUCAGGUAUAAAUUACUGUGAAAUUUUUCACAUGCAGUCGACAUGUUCAGUACAUGACAUUGAAAGAAUGUGGCUGGCUUUGACUUCAUAUGUGUGUGAAUCUCAUUGGCUUGUGUACAUUUUGUAUGUCAUAGCUCCAAGUGCUCUGUGAGCGAAAGAAUAUAUCAGAUUUUUAUAAAUUAAGAGGAAUAUCUAGACUUAUUUUGGAAAUAAUAUCACCUAUUUUGCCAUGCAACACUUUACUUAAAACCAAGGUGAAAUGCAAGGGUAAAUAACUCCUACUUGUUUAAGAUUGGCCAAGGUUUUAUUGAAGAUGGUACUUUUAGCUACAAAAGGUCAAAACGUUCCGUGUGGGUAGUUCACAUUAUAUGAAAAUAGCAUUAAAACCAAAAAAGAACAAAAAAUGGUAUAGCUGGCUUGUAGCUAUGAUUUGACAAAAAUAAAAAUUAAAAAUAUGUUUACACAACCCUAAUGUAACAGUUCUGCAUAAUUAGUAUUAAGUUAUACACCCUUUGCUGUUUUUCCCCAAGGACUGCAGUUGCCAAAUUGAAGAAGCAGGUUUACAAGGAGAAAGGUCUAACUGCUGGCUGACUAGCUGCAAUGUUUGUUGUGCUGUUUCCUUUUUCAGUUUAAGCAGGCUAUGUGUAAUUUUCAUUGUAUGCUUUGCUAAUGAGGUGUAUUGCUUGCUUUUACAUAGUCAGCAAAGGAACAGUUUCCAUGAGAAUUUAAAAUCCAUUUCUUAAAUUAAGGCAGAGUCUUGUAUUGAACUUAACUGAUGCUUUAUAAGUGGCUUUUUCUAAUGUGGUGUUUUUCUGUUGUCCUACUAUCAGAGAUUGGUAAUAUGCUUGACAUUCAAGGUAAAAUAAAAUUUUGUAAAGAACUGGUGGUUGUUUGAUGAACGAUUACAAGAGUCGUAUGUGUCCUGUGUCACAGAAGAAAGUGAGGCCUGUGAUAUACAGUGGGAUGGUUCCACCUUGCAGCUGUGUGUUUUUCCUCAGUGUCCUUCCAUUUCCUCUUGAGAAAACACCACCUGUGGGAGCAGCACCUUUCACUGGGUUCCCUGCUGUGUCCCCGGGGCUGCUGCCUGCCCAGAGCUGCAGCCCGCAGGAGUAGCUUAGCCAAACCACAGCCUUGGUUACAGCAGGGUGCAAUCAUUUAUCUCAUAAAACCCAGUCUAAAAACCUCCAAGGUGAUUAUUCUUCAUUCUGACAUGGACCUGAGAAACAAAGGUGUGUGUGAAUUUUUCUCACCAGACACAUGUUCCUUGGUACACACUGUGGGACUUUGCUCCUGUGAACAUGCAUUGAUUGAAGAAAGAAUCAUAGAAUAAUUUAGGUUGGAAGAGACCUUUACAGGUCAUCUAGUCCAACCCCCCUGCCAUGUGCAAGGACAUCAACUAGAUCAGGUUACUCAGAGUCCCGUCCAGCCUGGCCUUGAAUGUCUCCAGGGAUGGGGCAUCUACCACCUCUCUGGGCAACCUGUGCCAGUGUUUCACCACCCUCAUUGUAAAAAAUUAUUCCUCAUCUCUAGCACUCAUCUCCUCUCUUUUAGUUGAAAACCAUUAUUCUUUUUACUAUCGCAACAGGCCCUGGACUCAAAGGGGGAUGGGGUUGUGGCUGGGCUUUCAUCAGUUGGGCAGCACUCUACAGUUGAUGAAGACCAGGAGGCCCCCCAUACCCCUAGGGUGAAGUCAGUGUGCUCAGCUCACACUCUGAAAUGCCUGUACACGCAGCAUGGGGAAUAAGCAGGAGGAGUUAGAAACCUGUGUUCGGACAGGAGAUUAUGAUCUGGUGGCAAUUACAAAGACAUGGUGGGACAGCUCACAUGACCGAAAUGUGGUAAUGGAUGGCUAUGUCCUUUUCAGGAAAGACAGGCCAGCUAGGCGUGGUGGUGGAGUUGCUCUCUAUGUGAGAGAGUAACUACAAUGUGUUGAGUACUGUCCAGGCACGGAUGAGGAGUGAGCUGAGAGUCUAAGGGUGAGAAUUAAGGGGCAGGCUGGCAGGGGUGAUACUGUUGUGGGUGUCUAUUACAGGCCACCAGAUCAGAGUAAGGAAGUUGAUGAGGCCUUCUAUGGGCAGCUGAGAGCAGCCUCACAGUCACAGGCCCUGGUGGUCAUGGGGGAUUUUAACUUCCCUGAUGUUUGCUGGAAGGACUACUUGGGCAGCCACAGUCCGGGAGGUUCCUCCAGUGCCUUGACGAUAACUUUCUGAUGCAAAUGGUGGAUGAGCUGACUAGGAGAGGUGCACUGCUGGAUCUCAUCCUCACUAACAAGGAGGGUCUGGUUGAAGCGGUAAAGGUUGAGGGCUGCCUUGGUUGCAGCGACCAUGAAAUGGCGGAGUUCGAGAUGUCGUGUGGCAGGAACAGAAUAGCAAGCAGAAUUGCAACCCUGGACUUCAGCAGGGCAAACUUUGGCCUUUUCCAAACAAUUUCUAGGGGAAAUCCCAUGGGCAAGGCUGCUUUAAGGUAAAGGGGCCCAAGAUAGUUGGUUAGUGUUCAGGGACUGUUUCUACUUGGGCACAAGAUCAGAGCAUCCCGACACGUAGGAAGUCAAGGAAGGGAGCCAGGAGGCCUGUGUGGUUAAACAGGGAGCUGCUGGGUAAGCUCAAGUGCAAGAGGAGAGUUUAUAGAUCAUGGAAGGAGCAGCUGGCCACCUGGGGAGAAUAUCAGGCUGUUGUCAGAGAGUGUAGGGAGGCAACUAGGAAAGCUAAGGCCUCCUUAGAAUUAAACCUGGUGAGAGGGGUCAGGGACAACAGAAAGAGCUUUUUCAAAUACGUGGCAGAUAAAACUAACACCAGAGGCAAUGUAGGCCCACUGAUGAACGAGGUGGAUGCUCUGGUGACAGAGGAUACAGAGAAGGCAGAGUUACUGAAUGCCGCCUUUGUCUCUGUCUACUCUGCCAGAGGCUGUCCUGAGGAGCCCCAUACCGCUGAGGCCCCAGAGGAAGUCAGGACAAUGGAGGAGUUUGCCUUGGUUGAUGAGGACAGGGUUAGGGAGCAAUUAGGCAAUCUGGACAUCCAUAAAUCUAUGGGCCUGGGUGGGAUGCACUCGUGGGUGCUGAGGGCGCUGGCUGAGGUCAUUGCUGGACCACUCUCCAUCAUCUUUGCCAAGUCUUGGGAAACGGGAGAGGUGCCUGAGGACUGGAGGAAAGCAAAUGUCAGUCCAGUCUUCAAAAAGGGCAAGAAGGAGGACCCAGUUAAUUAUAGAAGGGUCAGCCUCACCUCUAUCCCCGGGAAAGUGAUGGAACAACUAAUUCUUGGUGUCAUCUCAAGGCAUAUUAGGGAUAAGAGGGUCAUUAAGGGCAGUCAACAUGGCUUCACCAAGGGGAAGUUGUGCUUGACCAACCUCAUCACCUUUUAUGAGGACGAGAUGGAUAGAUGAUGGCAGAGCAGUGGAUGUGGUCUACCUUGACUUCAGUACGGCAUUUGACACAGUCUCCCACAGCAUCCAUACAGCCAAACUGAGGAAGUGUGAUCUGGAUGAUUGGGUAGUGAGGUGGACUGGGAACUGGCUGAAGGGAAGAAGCCAGAGAGUUGUGGACAAUGGGGCAGAGUCCGGUUGGAGGCCUGUAUCUAGUGGAGUGCCUCAAGGGUCAGUAAUGGGGCUGGACAGGCUGGAUAGUUGGGCAGGAAAAAAUUUAAUGAAAUAUAACAAGGGAAAGUGUAGAGUGUUGCAUCUGGGUAGGAAUGACCCAGUUGGGGUUGUUGGGGAAUGACCUACUAGAGAGCAGCAUAAGGGAAAGGGACCUGGGGGUCCUGGUGGACAGCAGGAUGACCGUGAGCCAGCACUGUGCCCUUGUGGCCAGGAAGGCCAAUGGCAUCCUGGGGUGUAUUAGAAGGGAGGUGGUUAGUAGGUCGAGAGAGGUUCUCCUUCCCCUCUACUUUGCCCUGGUGAGACCACACCUGGAGUAUUGUGUCCAGUUCUGGGCCCCUUAGUUCCAGAAGGACAGGGAACUGCUGGAGAGAGUCCAGUGCAGGGCAACAAAGAUGAUUAAGGGGGUGGAGCAUCUGCCUUAUGAGGAAAGGCUGAGGGAGCUGGCUCUCUUUAGCUUGGAGAAGAGGAGACUGAGAGGUGACCUUAUUAAUGUUCACAAAUAUAUAAAGAGUGAGUGUCACGAGGAUGGAGCCAGCCUCUUCUCGGUGACAACCAAUGGCAGGACAAGGGGUAAUGGGUUCAAAGUGGAACACAGGAGGUUCCAGUUAAAUUUGAGAGGAAACUUCUUCACAGUGAGGGUGACAGAACACUGGACCAGGCUGCCAGAAUCUCCUACUCUGGAGACAUUCAAAACCCGCCUGGACACCUUCCUGUGUAACCUCAUCUAGGUGUCCCUGCUCCAUCAGAGGGAUUGGACUAGAUGAUCUUUUGAGGUCCCUUCCAAUCCCUAACAUUCUGUGAUUCUGUGAAUGUAAAACAAUCUUCAAACCCUUGAUGUGCAAAAGGACGAGGUUUGAAGCUGAAUCUAUUUAAUUGCCUUAACUGCCGAGCUGUUUGCGUACUUUGAGCUUCAGUACUGCUCUGUCUUUGGUAUUUUUCUCUGAAUUUGAGCCUGCUGAACCUGUCACAUUUCUGCAAAAAGGAUUUGUUUUUGACAAGUUGGAAUUUUCCAGAGAAGUGCUGACCAUCUCACCUAUGCAGGUGUCUCUUUGAAAGCUAGUAACAAGGUAGCUUAUUUAAAUGAAAACAAACAAUUUGAAAACCUAGUUCUGUGUGAUUAAAUAGCCAGAAACUAUUAGCAAGUGUCUUAUAUCCCAUUGAAAUGUAGAUGUUAUAGGCUAGGAACCUGUGGUUUAGAUUAUUGCAUCUGAUAAAAUUUAUCAAGCCAGAAUUUAGCUGACUUCACAAUAAUUUAAAUUUCUGACUUCAUUUGAUAAAGUGAGAUUAUGCAAAAAAAUGUAGGUGUGUUCAAGAUCAUAUCUUGACUGGAUCCUUUAACUGAAAAUAUGAGUAUUUUUCACAGAGCUUCAAGUAAUUCUAAAUUAAGAGAUUAAACAAAUGGUAUAAACUCAUGUAUUAGGAGAUUAAUGAUUCACAGGAGACUCUUAUUUACUCUUUAUAGAAACUGUAGGAGAUUCUUGUGAGUGCUGAUUUGCAACCAGAAGCUGUGAAUAAAAAAAAGUCACUGUGAAAUAUGUCACCAUCUUAUUACCAGAUAUUGUCUGGAAACAGUUACGAGAAACUGUUAAUUGACAUUUACUUACUCUCCUGAUGAUAGUCCUUAAAGCUGGAUCUUAGCUAAUUUUUAAGCAGAGGGUAAGAUGCAAAAAGAAUUUCUAGGCUUUUUUUUUGGUAACAUCUUACUGUGUGACUAUGAGUUAAAAAAUACCCUCCCUGGUUGGUCUAGUGCCUGCUGGUGUCAGUACAGGAGCUACAAUGCACUGCACUGAAUUUUGAAUACAGUUUCAACUCAUAAUAUUUGUGUGUGUAAAAUGGAUUUUAAAUUUAUUACUUUACUAUGGUGAUGGACUGUUCUUGCUUCGUAGAUAUUGAGGCAUGUGCUUGGAAAUAAAGAUGUAGAAUUACAAAGUA